CCUCCCAAAAACUGCAAUGAAAUUUACUCAUUUAAAAAAAAGGAAAAAACAGAGUAUCACAGAGUGAGGGAGAGAAAAACUUCUCAGCCCAUCUCUCUCACACAAAAACAAUCCCCCCAAGAGCCAAACGCUAAUAAGAUAAAGUCUGAGUGAAACUCUUGAUGAUAAUGAUACUUGCGGAGUACUAUUCAGUAAUUUGAGGAGCUAAAACAGAGGAGAAUAGAGGGAUAGGGGCAAGUUUGACAUCUACUUUUUUUUCAUGUUAAUUUUUAGGUGGGGGUUUUUGGGAUAUAGAGGAGGAAUUUGUUGAGGAAUAAAUGUCAAAGAUGAAGACUUUAUCGAAGCCUCUUUCAAGUCCGAGCCGGACGGAUAAGUUUCCGACGCCAUUGAUGUUGAGGUUUCUGAGGAGCAAUGUUGGUAGCAGAAGCAGAGGGAGGUCACGUUCCAGCCCUUUGUUUAUUCUCAGGAGCAAAAAGAAUGCAGCAGCCAUUAAUGAAGCUGCUCAACAACAAGAACCAUCUUCCCCAAAAGUCACUUGCAUAGGCCAAGUUCGAGCCAGAAGAUCUUCUAAGGCUAAAGCAAAAGCUUCUAGGUCAAGGUCGAAAAGGAAAACGAGUAGUAAACAAGCCACUUGUUGUCAUCCCUGCUCUUGUUCCUGCCCUUUUUCAUGUUCUUCUUCCUCAUCCUGCUCUUGUUGCUGUUGCUUCUCUUGUUGUGUGCCAAAGACUCUAUUUUGUUGCCAUUUUAGGCCGAAAUUCCGCAAGCCCAGAUUAUUUCCUCGGAAGUUCUUUCGCAAGUGGGUGUAUUUUUUCCGGUUUGGAUACUGUAAGAAAAUUGAUGUUAGGGAUGAUUCUGUACAGGUUUUGGCUAAUCAAAGAAGUCAUAGUAAUCAUCAUGUUAUUAGUUCUGCCGUUAUCAAGGCUGUUGACAUCGGAAAUGAGGAGGGUACUGUUCAGGAAAGCAAGGAAGAUUUUCACGAAUCUUCUAGUUUUAGUCCUCCCAAGAAUGCUUUGUUACUGACUAGGUGCAGAUCUGCCCCUUAUAGAUCUUCCUCACUUGCGGGCAAAUUUUGGGAAUCUCCGUUAAGGUCAUCCGAAACGGAAACAGAGACUCUGAAGGAUGAAUCCAAAGAACCACUGGGGGAUGAUGAAACUGAGGCUCUGAAGGAUGAUUUUAGAGAAUCGCUUGAUUAUGGUGGAAAUGGGCAACCCAAUUCGCCAAUAAAUGAAGGGAAUGAGGCAGAGGCGGCCAAGGAAAUGGAAUCAAGAAACAGCAUUAGUCCGGAAGAAGAAGGAAGUAGUGAAGAAUCAAGAAUCAGCCACAUUCAGGAAGAAGGAGGUUUUGAAGAAUUGGAAACCGCGGCUGUGGCUGAACAAAGAAUCAGCAACUGUCAGGAAGAAGAAGGAAGUAGUGAAGAAUUAGAGUGUUCCACAAACGAGAAGACCAAAGAAGAUUUGAAGAAGCAAGAAUCUCGGGGAGGUUCAUCAGUUCAAGUUCAUCCUUUGUUACUGAUGAGGUGUAAAUCUGAACCAGCAAAAACAGGGGAAAGGCUCAAUCCGGAGGUAAUAAAUUUCUCAAAGCAAAGAAGGUCGGAUACUAGUCAGUCAUGUUUGCAAGAUAUUAAGUUGAACUGUGAUUAACAUUAGUUGUUGUUGUUGUUGUUGUAUGAUUGUAUCAUCAAUAGUAAUUUUUUCAGUCACUAUACUUAACCAAAAUAAGAAGCUUUCCAAGUAAAUUUGAUAAACCUUUAUCAAUGGUGUCUAUGGAUUUUCUUUUUCAGUUUUGGGGUUUUUCGAAAGUCAAAUAUUUCAAUACCUAAGUCCACAGACACCAUGGGAUUCUGGGAUUCUAGUCAUUUGUUUAUGAAAUGUUGUUUGAGUUUAGUUUACCACAUUGGAUGAUCAGCUGGUGUAUGAACGAACAAGAAGGAAUCUUUUUGGCAAAUGGGUCAUUAAUUUUUUAUUUUUAUUUUUUUUUUUAUAUAUAUUUGCGAGUAUUAAAAAUUUUGGCUUUCAGUGAAUCGUACUCUGAAAGAUGGAAAACGGAUGAACUGGUUUUCUCAUUGUAUACACUGCCAAUGUGCUGCCAACUAGUAGGCAGCUCAUCUGCAUAUUUAAUGCUGACUUUAAUGCUGUGAAACCUUCACAUUUUCUUGGGAAGCUGGAUAUGUCCCCAAUUUGUUGCCUUAUUCCCCAUAAUUUGGCCCCCUUUGGCUUUAACUUUCUUGCUUCUGCAUUUGUGUUUAUUGGAACUUAAAAACGCAUGCAUUUUAC